CCCUCGAGUCGCAGUCGACACCGAUUCACAUACCGCUAAUAUGCCCCCUCCCGUCGGCCGAUACGGGCCUACCGGUCUCACCGGGCCCUAUUCACAUCUAGCACAGCAGCAGGCUCAUCUCCAGCAACAACAGCAAGCGCAGCAUCACCCAGCACACGCCCAGUCUAGCAACACAGCUCUUCCACCUCCCUCGCUUGGCGUACACCCUGGUUUCACAACGGCGAACGCGAACGCAAAUAUGAACCCGUUUACGUUAGCUGGUGCCGGGGUUGGGAAUGGAAUGUCCGUCGCGGGAUUCGGAGCCGCGGGGGAUGGUGGAGGAACGGGGCUCGCGAGCCAUGCGGCUCAGAUGGGGUUUGCGAGAGGCGCGCAGAUGCAGCAGCAGCAAUUACAUCAGGCGCAUGAUGGGCGGUUUACACUUGAGGGGAAGGGUGGUGGCGUAAAGACAAGGAUACGUGACGUGUGGAAACACAAUCUUGCCCAGGAGAUGGCGGUUUUGAGACAUCUUGUCGAGAGGUACCCUUAUAUCAGCAUGGAUACAGAAUUCCCCGGAAUCGUCGCACGCCCGAUCGGUUCUUUCACGAACAAGGCAGACUACCACUACCAAACAUUAAGAUGCAAUGUCGACUUGUUGAAGAUGAUACAGCUCGGGAUCACGCUUUUUUCGCCGAAAGGGGAAGUCCCACCGCCAGAUGCCACCGAUGCGAAUGGCCAGCCAUUAGGAAAUGGCCUGGUACCUGCACCUUGCACAUGGCAGUUCAACUUCCGGUUUUCACUAGAAGAGGACAUGUACGCACAGGAAUCAACGGCAAUGUUAGCAAAAGCCGGCAUUGACUUUGCAACGCAUGAGAAGAACGGUAUCGACCCGCUUGAAUUUGGAGCACUGCUGAUUAGCUCUGGACUGGUAUUAUUGGAUGAUGUCCAUUGGAUCUCGUUCCAUUCCGGGUACGACUUUGGCUACCUGAUGAAGAUUAUGCUCUGUCAAGCGCUUCCAGAGAAUGAGGAAGAAUUCCAUAAGCUCCUCAACAUCUUCUUCCCAUCGCUAUAUGACAUCAAAUACUUGAUGAAACACGCAACACGCAACCAAGCUGUCAAUGACUCACCACUAACUCCGGCUGCUGCUCAGAUCAUCUCCAAUCUCGGGCAAAAGUCUGGGCUUCAGGACAUCGCAGACGAGCUUGGAGUGAAAAGGGUUGGCAUCGCACACCAAGCCGGAUCGGACUCCCUCGUCACAGGGGAGAUUUUCUGGAAGAUGCGUCAAUUGGUCUUCAACGGCAAGAUCGACGACUCCAAGUACUCUGGGCAGAUAUGGGGCUUGAACGGUCAAAUGCCGACUGUGACAUACCAUAAUAAUCCGCACCAAACACCCAAUCUCAACGGCGCCACAAUAUACUCAGCUGCUGGUGGAGUCCUAGGACAAUAUCAGAUGGCCAAGUCGUGAGGCAUGUUUUGGCUGUCCGAGGCUUGUCUCUCUCUCCGUCGUUUGUCUUCCCCACGCCCCUUUUUUCCCCGCUACUUCGCCAUACUCGGCCUUUAGCACCUAGCAAUGAACCACGAUUUGACGGACGUACACACCAUGCGGCAUUUUCGUGACCUUUCUCGUCUCGUUGCGGUCUCGGUGUAUGUUUGUCAUCUUAUCUCUGUGGCAAAUGAUAUGCACUCGAUUCCUAUGAGUUUAAAAUUCGUCACUUGGUUUUGGAGGGUGAUUAGUAAAUGGAUGGGUGUAUGGUGUUGCCUUUUUCUUUCUCUUCUAUUUCCUCUUCGGCUGGAAUCUGAUGCUGUUAUACGGGCGUUAUCGCGGAUUUAUGUUCUUCUUAAGGUUUCCAGACGUUCCGUGCCUUGUGCCUAUUUCUUUA